UCUGUGCUCUUUCUUUCCAUUGACUCAGUAUUACUGAACUGAAGGAUGGCUUCUUGUUAGGAGGUUCAUUUCAUUUCGUGUUACUCCCAAUUGCAUAUCCAGAGCAUUGAGAAUUUCGAGUGGGGCAUAUUGGAGUAGAUUUCAGUUUCUUUACAUCAUUUCUGCAUUCAAAAGUUUAAUUUUUUUUUUCGUAACCGUAUCGAGUUUUUUUUGUUGUUUUUUUUAAAAACUAAAUUAACAUGGCUCCACUGAACGGCCCAGCCCCUGUGGAGGUCACAUACAGGAACAUGAGAUUUCUUAUUACACACAAUCCAACCAGUGCAACCUUAAACAAAUUUAUAGAGGACCUUAAGAAAUACGGAGUUACCACAACAGUAAGAGUAUGUGAAGCAACUUAUGACACUGCUGUUGUGGAGAAAGAAGUUAUCCAGGUUCUGGAUUGGCCCUUUGAUGAUGGUUCAUCACCCUCUAACCAGAUUGUUGAUGACUGGUUAAGUCUUUUGAACAUUAAAUUUCAUGAAGAACCUGGUUGUUGCAUUGCUGUUCACUGUGUUGCAGGUCUUGGGAGAACUCCAGUGCUUGUUGCCCUGGCACUAAUUGAAGGUGGAAUGAAAAAUGAAGAUGCAGUACAGUUUAUAAGACAAAAGCGGCGUGGAGCUUUUAACAGUAAGCAACUUUUGUAUUUGGAGAAAUACCGUUCUAAAAUGCGGCUGCGCUUCAAAGACUCUAGUGGUCAUAGAAACAACUGUUGCAUUCAGUAAAACUUGGCUGCCUCAUGCUGUUGCCUUGGAAGUCAAACUUGAGGCAGGACUUAAUUUAUCGUACAUAUUAGCCAACAUAAUAGGCUUAAUGAAUGACAAG